AUGACCGACACACUGCUGCCCGCGGCCCCCCAGCCGCUGGAAAAGGAGGGCGACGGCUACUUUCGGAAGGGUUGCAACCCCCUCGCACAGACUGGCCGGAGCAAACUGCAGAACCAGAGGGCCGCCUUGAACCAGCAGAUCCUGAAAGCCGUGCGGAUGAGAACUGGAGCAGAAAACCUUCUAAAAGUGGCCACAAACCAGAAGGUACGAGAACAGGUGCGCCUGGAACUGAGCUUCCUGAACUCAGACCUGCAGAUCCUCAAGGAAGAGCUGGAAGGCCUGAACAUCUCGGUGGGAGUUUAUCAGAGCACAGAGGAGGCCUUUACGAUUCCCUUGAUUCCACUUGGCCUGAAGGAGACCAAGGAUGUCGACUUCUCGGUUGUUCUCAAGGACUUUCUCCAGGACCAUUACGGUGAGGAUGGCUACUUGUAUGAAGAUGAAAUAGCAGAUCUGAUGGACCUGAGACAGGCUUGUCGGACGCCCAGCCGUGACGAUGCCGGCGUGGAGCUGCUGAUGACUUACUUCGCCCAGCUGGGCUUUGUGGAGAGCCGCUUCUUCCCCCCUACCCGGCAGAUGGGGAUCCUGUUUACCUGGUACGACUCCCUCACGGGGGUUCCCGUCAGCCAGCAGAACCUGCUGCUGGAGAAGGCCAGUGUCCUGUUCAACAUCGGCGCCCUCUACACACAGAUUGGAACCCGGUGCAAUCGGCAGACACAGGCUGGCCUUGAGAGCGCGGUGGACGCCUUCCAGAGGGCCGCAGGGGUUUUAAACCACCUGAAGGAGACGUUCACUCACACGCCGAGUUACGACAUGAGCCCCGCCAUGCUGGGCGUGCUGGUCAAAAUGAUGCUCGCGCAGGCCCAGGAAAGCGUCUUUGAGAAAGUCUGCCUUCCCGGCAUCCGGAACGAGUUCUUCACGCUGGUGAAGGUGGCUCAGGAGGCGGCCAAGGUGGGCGAGGUCUACCAGCAGCUGCACGCGGCCAUGAGCCAGGCCCCAGUGAAGGAGAACGUGCCCUACUCGUGGGCCCGGCUGGCCUGCGUGAAGGCCCACCACUACAGCGCCCUGGCGCACUACUUCUCGGCCACGCUGCUCAUCGACCACCAGCUGAAGCCCGGCGCCGACGAGGACCACCAGGAGAAGUGCCUCUCCCAGCUGCACGACCACUUGCCGGAGGGGCUGACGCCCUUGGCCACGCUGAAAAACAGUCACCAGCGCCAGCAGCUGGGCAGGCGCCACUUGCUCCGGGCCAUCCCGCUGCACGAGGAGGCCGUGAGGGAGGCGAGUCUGUGCCGGAAGCUGCGCAACAUCGAGGUGCUGCAGCAGGUGCUGUCUGCGGCCCUCGAGCGCUCCCGCCGCAAGUACGCCCAGCACCGGGACGACGACGACCUGCUGACCCUGUGCCAGGCUCCCGACGUCAUCCCUAAAACCGAGCAAGAAGUUGAAGUUAUCCCGCCACAGCUCUCCAAGGUGGCAGUGACGGACUUCUUCCAGAAGCUGGGCCCCUUGUCUGUGUUUUCGGCCAACAAAAGGUGGACGCCUCCCCGAAGCAUUCACUUCUCUGCAGAGGAAGGGGACUUGGGGUUCACCUUGAGAGGCAACUCCCCAGUUCAAGUCCACUGUCUGGAUCCCUACUGCUCGGCUUCCCUGGCAGGAGCCAAGGAGGGGGAUUACAUUGUCGCCAUCCAAAGCGUGGACUGUAAGUGGCUGACAGUGAGCGAGGUGAUGAAACUGCUGAAGAACUUCGGGGAGGACAACAUUGAGAUGAAGGUUGUGAGCCUCCUGGACCCCACCUCCUCCAUGCAUAGUAAAUGUGCCACCUACUCUGUGGGAAUGCAGAAAACCUACUCCAUGAUCUGCUUGGCCAUGGAGAACGACGAUGACAAAACUGAUAAAAACAAGAAAAUCUCAAAAAAGCUUUCUUUUUUGAGCUGGGGCACCAGUAAUAAGAACAGACAGAAGUCCGCCAGCACCCUGUGCCUCCCGGCAGUCGGGGUCGUGAGGCCUCAGGUCAAGAAGAAGCUCCCUGCUCCUUUCAGCCUCCUCAACAACGACAGUUCUCUGUACUGACGGGACCACAG